UACAAAUAUAGCCUAAUAUAGAGAAAAAUUGAGAUUUUUAUCCAUUUUUAUGGGAAGUAUGGAAUUUCAGAUGACUAUUUUGAGAAAGGGAUGCAUGAUCGGUAAUAAAUCUGGUGAUGCUUAUGGAGGAAUAAUAUGGUUAUAGCCUUUGAGUCGGUAAGAGGUUAUAGCUUUCUAAGAUGGCUAAGAUAUUUAGCGAUACUUGAGGAAAAUUUUACUAACCUAUCUGAAUGGUGCACGAGAUUUUAAAAAGGACGAGACUUGAAACGAGAACACGAAUGUACGAAACUUGCCGGAAGUCUCCGAUGUGGGCCGAGUACCUUUUGUUAUUGUUUUGAGUGCAAAAUGAAUAGCCGAAUCUAAGUCGUUUUUUCCGCACUUAAUGGUACUUGUGACUCAUCUGACCCAUGUGCAGUGGUAGAUGAAUACUAUAACUAUACAAAGAUGUCUUCAUAAUAGAAAUCAAACGGCUAUUCGAAGAGGUUGGGGAAAUUUUUGAAGCCGUCUGAAGAAAAGAACUGCCCCGAAAAAUCUCAGCUGUGCUGAGACCUUGAAAAACUAGGCCACAUUUGAGACUUUAUAUCUCAAUACUAUGGCCAACAUGGACUUUAUGUUUGAUUGGGAAGCCGAAGGAGAUAGGUUUUCAUUCGAGGAUAGUGACAGAUUUGAUGAGGAUUCUAUAUGUUCAUGGAUUAGUGAGCCUGAAAGUUUAUGCAACAACUGGAGGGGUUGGAAAAAACAAAAUGGUGGCACAGUAACUCAAGUGGCCAGCACAUCAAAUAAGGAUGGUCUGACAUCACUUGUUGAGCUCGCAUCUCAAACUGUUGCGUGUCACAUCCCAUUUGAAGUAAUAGAACAUUUCUACCCACCUGUUCCUGAACACCUUCAACUACGAAUUGCAUUCCUAAGCUUCCCUGAACUUGAAGAAGAUAUUAGGUUAUACUCAUGUUUGGCCAAUGGGAGUGCAGAUGAAUUCCAGAAGGGAGAACACCUGUUCAAGGCAAAGGCAGUAAAAGAUGCAUUACAAAUAGGCUUCCAUCUUAGUGCUACUGUUAUCCCACCACAGACUGUUGCCCAGCCCAAGGGUAACUUCAAUGUAGCGGUUGUGUUUGACAAACGCAAGAUCUCAUCAUGUAGCUGUACCUGUAACAGCACUGCAUCUUGGUGUGCUCAUGUUGUUGCCCUGUGUCUCUUCAGAAUCCACCAGGCACCUAAUGUUAUCCUACGCGCCCCCGUAUCAGAGUCUCUUUCACGACUACACAGAGAUCAACUCCAGAAGUUCGCUCAGUAUCUCAUUACAGAACUCCCUCAACAGAUUUUACCCACUGCCCAACGAUUGCUUGAUGAGUUGCUGUCGUCUCAGCAGAGUGCUAUUAACACAGUAUGUGGGGCCCCAGACCCCACUGCUGGACCUUCAGCUAGUGAACAUACAAAAUGGUGUCUGGAUGAGGCUAACAUGCACGAGAACAUCAAACGUACCCUUGUCAAGUUCUCCCAGCCUACUGCCAUGGUCUACAGUGAUGUCAACUUCCUGUCAUCCACGGCACCCCCUGCAGCUGCAGAGUGGCAGAGUCUGCUGCGGCCCCUAAGAGGGAGAGAACCAGAGGGCAUGUGGAAUCUUCUCUCCAUUGUACGGGAAAUGUUCCGUCGCCAUGACAGCAACGCUGUUCCUCUUCUGGAGAUCCUGACAGAGGAAAUCAUGUGUUAUGAUACUAUUCUGAGUUGGUGGUUCACUACAAAAGUAACUACAUCUCACAACAACCAGGGAAUGAGUAACCGUGGCAACAACAGUGUCCAGGCAGCUUCCCAGCAUGCUGCUAUGAGCCUGUGUGAUGAGGUGGUUGCCCUUUGGCGUCUAGCUGCCCUCAACCCAGCCCUUUCACCAAUACAGCGAGAUGACCUUGUCACCCAGCUCAAAGACUGGCAUAUUAAAACAAUAGACAAAGUUCGUAAUUUCCGUAACUCUCAUGUAGGCAACCAAGCAGGUCAGCCUAUUAAAAAGCAGGACAUCGAGGUGUUUGUCGGCUUCAAGCCCUCAAUAGAGGCUUGUUAUCUAGAUUGGGGUGAUUACCCAAUCACUGGAGUGACCUAUGUUGAUAAGUAUAAGAAAAAACUUGUAGCAGAUCACCACAAAGUAGGGACCCUUAGCACAGCCUUUCAAAACAUGGACAAACAUCGGAAUCUAUCAGGAAGUGUACAUAAACAAAAGACUGUCCCCCACCCCCAGGUGGUUGUCAUAGACCCCCAGAAUGAUGGGGGUUGUAGCUCUAGCUCAGAGGGUUUUUGUGAAAAUGAACGCCCAGAGGCUGCAUUUUCUCGGGACUCUGAUUCUAGUUUUACAGAGGAAGAUGGACUCAGUCGGAGUAAAGCCUCCAAACAAUCUGCAUCUGAGACUGUAUCUAAAUUGAAACUUAAAGAUCGUACUAUCCCUGUAGGGGUGUCUAUCUCUGACCAGGAGCCUAGUGGGGCAUGUGCCAAGGCUGGGGAGGAGGCAGACUCUGACAGCUCGGUGCCAGGGGCUGCUAUGGGAUACAACAAGGCUAUAUCGGCCCUCAAGGCAGAGAAAUGGCAGGAAUCAACCAACUCUAGUGAUGAAUACCAAGUGUACUUCUAUGACACUAAGGCAAAGUUAGGAGACCUGGCUGCAGAGAAGAAAAAGAAGGAUGAGCCUAACUACUUGGCUGGGCUGAAGAAAAUUGAACUCAAACAAGAUAUUCUGUUUGCUCGUGCUGAGGCACUACAUGCCCAUGGUCACACCAAGGAGGCUUGUAAGCUUGCUAAACAGUUGGCUGAGGAGAUGUUGUCCAAUCCACCAGAUCUCUCAAAUGAACCUCUCAACAAUACAGCUAGUAAGGGUAAAAAGAAGAAAGCUCAACAUACAGUCAGCUCUCAGGCAAUCUCCACUCUCUCCAAGUCCAGUUUCUUGUGCAGUGUGCUAUCAGAGGACACUGAGUGCCACCAUCUUGCAUUCAAGGUUGGCAUGUUUGGUCUGGAGAUGCCGCGCCCACCUGCCAGCAGUAAGGGCCUUGAGGUAAAACUUGCUAACCAAGAACAGGAGUUAGUUAUCCUCUUGAAGAAGAUUCCCCUGGGACCUAGUGAACUGAAUGUUCUCAGGGACAGGGCUGAACAACUACGGGAUGGUAAAUUGCGGUCCCGAGGUGAAGCACUUCUGCCAUUGGUAUUGGCCAGCUUUGUAUUUGACUCACUUUGUCAGCCAGCGCAACCAGUCUAUGGGACUGCCAAUAGGCCCCCUAGCCGUAGUGUGGGCAGACAACAUCUAGAUGACCUUGGCUUCCAUGCAGCUGUGGCUGCCCUGGGCCUCAAGGCUAAUGUCUCUGAGGCUGAACAUCCUCUCCUAUGUGAGGGUACUAGAAGGCAGCGAGGAGAUCUCGCUAUUGCCAUGUUAGUUCACUAUAAAGAUGACCAGAUAAAACUACAGAAAAUAAUGGAGAAAUUAUUAGAUAAGGAUGUUCAUCAGUUGUAUAAAGGGCCUACUUUGAACUCGUAUCUUCCCUCAGGGAAAACUGGGGCUGCAUCCCAGGUAAAACACACUGAUAAAACAGCAAGUACUGGUGCAGAGGGAGUAAGACAAAAUAAUGUAGCAGCGACCCAAGCUGUUCCAUCCCAUAAUGCCUGUGGGGCAGAGAAUGGAGCAGCCGCAGUGCCAUCUACUUCCUCCCAAGCAGAUAACUGGCAAGAGAGGGGCAGGGAUAACUUGGACUAUUUGAAUUUAGAGCAGAAGUUUAUGACGAUGCAUUUGAAUAAUUUAGCAGCAGGAUCUGCCAGUGCACGUCCUAAAACUUCUCUUGUAAACAAAUACCAGACAAACAAAGAUACUGACAGCUCAGCUGUAGAGGAGGAAUGUGAUGGUUCAGAGUACAAGGCCUGGGAGGAGAAGUUCAGAUGUACAAACCUGAAGACAUUCAAAAAACAUUCAGUAGGGAUGGCUAGUAUAGACAGUAGCGCACCUGAGACUACCUCAAGUGAUAACUCACCUACGCUCGUCAGGCGCAACUGGGCAAAACACCAGGGUCCAGGGAGUGACAGUGGUAGCAGUGGCAAAAGUAGUGAUUCCAUUGGCUCUAGUAGCUCAGAUAACAAGCGUGCCAAGGCUGCUGCGAUAUGUCGAGACAACGAGAGCCCUCCUGGACCUUACCAGGGUCUCCGCUACCCCAUAGAUUCCCGUAGCUCGACUCCAAAUAUGAAGCUAGGUAGAUACAAAGGGAAGAACCGAGCUAUGCCGACCAUACCCAAUCAACCUAGUGAGGCCUCUGCACACUUUAUGUUUGAGCUAGCUAAGACUGUGCUUGGGAAAGCAGGGGGUAACAGUGCAACGUCAUUAUUCACCCAAGCGACUACUAAUAACAACCACAGUGGUCCUCAUAGACAGCUGCAUCUGUGUGCCUUUCAGAUAGGACUCUAUGCCUUAGGACUGCACAACUGUGUCUCCCCUAACUGGCUCUCAAGGACCUACUCUUCUCAUGUAUCCUGGAUCACUGGUCAAGCAAUGGAGGUAGGUGCCCCAGCUAUCAAGAUCCUAAUAGAAACCUGGGAAGGUCAUCUGACCCCACCAGAGGCUGCUGCAAUGGCAGACAGGGCAUCAAGAGGUCGGGAUCCCAAUAUGGUUCGUGCAGCAGCAGAUCUAGCUCUGUCAUGUCUCCCUCAUGCACAUGCUCUUAAUCCCAAUGAGAUCCAGCGUGCGCUUAUUCAGUGCCGAGAGCAAUCCAGGGAAAAGCUGGAACAAGCUUGUCUGGCUGUUGAGAGUGCAGCUAAAGGAGGGGGUGUUUACCCAGAAGUCUUGUUUGAUGUUGCGAGACGGUGGUAUGAACUCUAUGAGGAGUCUGUAGGUACAGCAUCAGCUGAGCCUGCGCCUGUAGCAGCUGCAGCAGCUGCAAGUCCAGUUCUAAUGGCUGUACAACCCCAGGCCAACCAGCAGGUCCCUCCCCAGGUGGCACAAGUCCCUGUUAUGCAACCUGGACCUGAACGUACCAGUCCACCUAUGAUCCCAGUAGUGGCCAUACAGCAGGUACCUCCAGCUACCCAACAGCAUCAGGUGGGCAGUGUAGCUGCCACUGUGUCCUACUCCAUCCAGCCCCAGCAGGGGGUACAACCUCAGCAACAGGUGGCGCACCACCCUGCAUACAUCACCCCCUAUAGUUACGUCCAACAGAUUCCCACAUUCGGUCAUCAGUACACACAGCCUCACAUACCUCUUAACACACAUAACAUGCAUCCCGCCUAUGUAACCACACAUCCAUACCCGAACCAGACUCAGUUUAACAAUAUAGCCCAUGUACAAAACGUCCAUCCCAACACAACACUCUACCAUCCGAAUGUAGCACACCUCAGGGGAGCCAACCCCCAGGUACAGCUCUUCACCAAUCAUAAUGGCCAGGUUUCAUCCAUCCCGCAGAAUGGGCAAGUUGUGAACAUUGCCCCAGCGAUGGACGCAGCGACUUUGGCUGGGGGCCAGGCAAUGGUGAUGUCACAAGUGCCUGAGCAACCUCACCCCCAUAAUAGCACCCAGAUGAACUACCUCAUGGCGGCCUAUAGGGUGGGCAUGUUGGCCCUGGAAACCCUGGCGCGCAGAGUCCACGAUGACAGACCCCAGACUAAGUUUGCGAGGAACCCACCAUAUGGGGAAGAUGUCAAGUGGCUGCUCAGUAUAGGAAUGAAAUUAGGUAUAUCGUGCCUACAGCAGUUCUGUGGCAGUAUCACAAACUCAGUGAUGAGUCCAUUUGUCAUUCAGGACAUUGCCAUAGAGAUAGCUCACUACCUGGCACGCAACAACCCUGCCCAGGUCACUCAACAGUUACGAUCUCCAUUGCUCAACACGCUCGUACAGAAAUGCCUGCAAAUGUUUAUUCAAUGCGCCCACCAGAGGUUGCAUCACAUCAGCCAGGCAGAAUACGACGAGUUUGUAACGAUCAUAUGUAGCGCUAGAAAUGCCUUCUGCAUGACCCCGGGAGGCAUGGUCCAGUUUAACGAACUUCUAACAAAUUUGCGACGCUCAAAGUCGUGUAAAAAAGAUCUCUGGCAGAGGAUAGUGAAUGGCCUCGCGACGGGGGGCAUGUGACCCCAUCUGUGUAUAGCUUAUUUUAACAUUAUAACCAUGUAUUACAUAUACUGUUUGGACUGUAUGAACACAGUUGUGGUGUGCUAGAAUGGGGUUUCUUGAAGGAGCGUUUAUGGAACUGAUAAUAAAUCGAAACUUAUCAAAGGGAGAGGUACAAAAAUAAUUGAGAAAAACAAAAAAACAAGUCGGACUCUGGAAUACCUCUAUAUAUAUAUAAAACAAUUAUCUGGAACUGUAGGAAUGGCUUGUAAAUAUUGGAAAUGAUGAGGAUUUGGAGUUGAUAAUUUAAAAGAUAAUACGCAGAUAUGCAGGAUAAGGACAAUGUUCUGUAUUUGGGAAGAUUUGGAGCACCUUUAAUGAGGGGCGUUCAAUAAGUUCACAUUCUUAAACUGGUCAUAUACCAUCAAUAUUCCAACUUCCAUUAACUUCCAAGCAGUGAUGCAGACAUCAUCAGGGAAUAUUUUGAGAUAAACAUAUGCAAGUGCUGUAAAAACAAAGGUGUAUAUAGUAUGGUGUGAAGUUAUUGAAUGGCCCUUGUACAACUUGUGUAGUCGUAUAUGUAGUUCAGUUGUCUGUAGACAUUAGAUCUCUUAACUCUACUGUAAAAACAUCAAAUUUCAUGUAUGUAUUCUAUUUUCAGUUAAAAUUGAACAUUUGAAUUUUCUUAACGGUUGUUUCAGUAGUUAGGCAUUUCCAAUAGAGCAGGAAUAUUUGUAUAACUGUACUGAAAACAGAAAUCUCAAAAGACCAAAUUGAGGUGAUUUUAUUUUAGAAUUUGUUUUUAACUAAGUAAUUUGUAAAAAUAAUUUUGAAUUAAAUAAUGUAAUUUUGUGGAAGAGAACCUUUUCAGGUAGUUUAGAUUGUAAAAUGCUUAUUUUCACCCUUCAGAAUGUUUUAUAUUGAUCAUGAAAGUUAAUUUAAAAAGAUAUGACUUAAAAUAGAGAAUAUACGAACUUUUAAAAUGACAUAGCACAUUUUUAAUAGAAAUAAACUCAUUUCGGUAAAGUAAGAUGAGUAUCAUAUCUCACUGAAACUGUUUUAAACAUUAUAACAAAUAAAAUGUCUUGGAUAGAAGUAGAAUUCAUUGUUCCCUCAUUCUACAAAAACAAAAACAAAAGUGAACAUAGAACACAGAAUUGAAUUAAUCUUAGUACUUAUAAGUGAAUCUUUGUUUUACUGUAGUUUUGUUAAAUUCUCUUAGCAUGAGACUUAUGUACUGUUGACUUUUGUUUUCAUAUAAUGUAUGUCUACCUUUAUAUUCUAUAUAUAUUAUAAGCAUCCUAUGCUGACAAAAAAAGUAUAAAUUACAAAAAAAUAAGGAGUCCACUAUACAUUUGUAUAUAGGAAUGCAAAAGCCUGACUUUCUGUAUAAUAGAUGUCAGGUUAGGUAAAUUGCAUGAAACUUAAGAAGGGUCUGUUUGUUACAAUCGUGACGCAAAAAAAAACAUUACAUUGUUGUUAUUAUUUAUUUGACGUUUUACCCGAAGAGAAAUACCACAAUUUUAAUAUUUGUGCUGUUAUAAUUUAUUCAUUUUUAUGUUUUGGGUAAAGCAAUUACAAGUUACUGUCAGGAUAUUUAGUACUUAUCAAAUUAAAAAUUUAAAUGAUGCAUUUUCAUGAAAUGUACAACUAUUGACCACAACUCAAAGAACAUUUAAAUAUGAAUGUUAAUAGGUGACUAUUGCAAUGUUCAUAUGUAUUGGUUUAAAUAAAGUCAAAAAAUGACCUCAUAACCACACUGUAUAUUGUUGUUUAUCGGCAGUUCAGUUACUUAUUUUGAGAUGAAAUGCUGUCGAUAUUGGUGAACAUAUUUACAACUUGGGACAUAUGAAAAUGAAAUAUGCAGUCAGUGUGUACACUAUGUUUACCAGGGGGCCAUUAACAGAAACUUUGUGAAGUUAAAAAUUUAUAAAAUCCAUUGUUUUCUAACUGUAACGUCAUCAUAUCCAUGG